UCAGAGCAAUUAUGCAUUACCAUUCAAUGAAAAUGUCAAGAGUGGAUCUCUUGACCAAUGGCGUUAAGAUGAAGUUCGACAGUUUGACAAAGUUGUCGGUUCACUUGUGGGUAAUGAAAGCUUCACGGAUCACCCUUAAUUUGAACGUCUAAUGGAGCUGCACGUUGAAAUAUCGCGUUUCGAUGGUAAAUAUUGCGCUUGAUGGCUGAAUUGUUUCCUUCAUGAUGACGAGGAUCACUUGUCAGACUAAUGUAGAAGUGCAAUGAAGUUUCUUUUAACAGUAUUUACUCAAGAGAACUCAGAAAAGAAAGGAGACAUUUACUAAGCGGAGGUGAUCACUACAAAGCAAACUAGCAUGGCAACUUGGCAGUUCAGUAAAUUUUUCUCUCUCAUGGUUCUUCUGCCCAUGACUGCAAUUCAGUCGAACAGUCAACCCAACAAGGAAACUGUCACGAUGGUACUACUUUACCCUUUUUCGUCCUGUGAGCAGCUGAUUACCACCGAUAACCAAUUCGCUUCCGCUUUCCAUGUGGCCAUCGAGACCAUAAACAACAGCAGCACCUUCAACUUUAAGUUAUCGUAUCAUCUGAAUGAUACGCGAUGCAGUGAGCUGGAUGGUAUCCAGGCCAUGACCGAGCACAGGAAUCGCGGAGUUCAAGUUUUUAUCGGGCCGGGAAACGAGACCUACUGUGCAACUUCAGCCCGUGUCGCUGCAGCCUGGAAUCUUCCAAUAAUCUCAUACUUCUGUAAUGAAGACGUUGUCUCCGAUAAAUCUCUUUACCCAACCUUCGCUCGAACAAGGCCUCCCAACUCGCAGCUAAGCAAGAGUGUAUUGGCUGUGCUGAGGAAAUUUUCUUGGACACGAGUAGCCAUCAUAUAUUGUGAUGGUAGUUGCUUUAGUCAGCAGCGAUGGGAGAAGACGAAAGAAGACAUGAAAAUAUAUUUUGAAGAAAAUGGCAUCGAGGUCACUUACGAGGCUCAAAUGCCACAAGAGCACCAGCAGGAAAGGUUUGACCUAAUCCUGGAGGAGAUCAAAGUAAAGGCUCGGAUUGUGAUAAUCGCUGCAAAUCCUGAAUAUGCACCACCAUUCAUGGUCCGCGCUCGAAGUAAAGGGAUGACAAAUGGUGAUUACGUGUACAUCAUCAGCACAGCUAACUCUGUGAUUGGCCAACAGCAUCAGGACGCGGAGUAUUGGUUGACAGGAAUCAGUGGAAAGAUCAACAAGGUCGAAGCCGAGAGAGCCUGGCACUCAGUACUUACACUAGUUCCCAGACCUUUCGACGCUACCAAGUACAAAAAGUUCCAGCAGCGUGUGUUAAAAAAGGCGAACGACGAAACGCAGGACCAAGUAGUUCAUUAUGCGGCGUAUUUGUAUGACGCCGUGUAUUUGUACGCGUUGGCACUGAAUAAGACGAUUUCCAACGGACAGAGCCCAAAGGACGGAGUUGCCGUGUUUAAGAAUAUCAAAAGGACAAAUUUUGAAAGUAUCACAGGAUUUCAAUUACAUGUGGAUGAGAAUGGAGACGUUGAAUUUAACAUGACGCUUCUAGAAUAUUUCAAGAAUGCUGGUGGUGGACAUGAAAUGAAGACUGUUGGCGAGUUUAAGCUGAACGAAACGAGCGGAAACCAAGUCCUUGAGCUAUUUUCCGGGAUUAAUAUCAGCUGGUCCGAGUAUGAUCAGCGAACUUCCCCUCCAGUAGACAGGCCUCCAUGCGGAUUCACUGGUGAGCUCUGUCCAACACCUUCACCAAGUCCUUCAAAGCCAAUUAUCUACAAAGCAGGUGUCAUAGCUGCUGCUGUAGUUUCGUCUCUUAUCGUAGCUGGUACGGUGCUGUUACUCUUCUAUAUCAGUAGGAAACACGCCUUUGAAAAAGAGCUGGCCAGUCAAAUAUGGAAGGUGAAAUACGAAGACAUCGUGAUUUGUCCUGCUAUGGGUAGCAGUGUCUCAAGGAUAUCAACCAUUAGCGAGAUAUCAACGGCAAACAGACCUCGGUGCGGCAUCACACUGGGGACAUAUAAGGGACAUCCAGUGGUCGUAAAACGCAUUGAGAAAAAUCAUGUUGACUUAACAAGAACUGUGCUCCUUGAACUAAAACAGAUUCGUGAGGUACAUCACCCGAAUUUGACCAGGUUUUUUGGCGCAUGCGUGGAUGCUCCCAACAUCUGCAUUCUCACAGAAUACUGCUCAAGAGGAACUUUACAGGAGGUCAAUUUGAACGAGGACAUAAAGUUAGACAGCAUAUUUAUUCAUAGUUUUAUCCUGGAAAUUGCAACGGGCAUGGACUAUCUUCACAGUGUUGACAUCAAGUUUCAUGGACGCCUCACCUCAUCUAACUGCGUGGUAGAUAGCCGCUGGAUUUUAAAGAUCACAAACCACGGGCUCAGGGAGUUCAAGGCGCACAACGAACGCCUCAGCGUGAGAAGUUGCGGUUAUGUCCAAGACUACUCUAAGCUGUUGUGGACUGCUCCUGAACUUUUACGUCAGAAACAAAACCCAUGCAGGGGUACUCCAAAAGGAGACGUUUAUAGCUUUGGAAUCAUAGUACAUGAACUGGAGACUAGGAAUCUGCCAUAUCAUGACUGCCACCUUGAGGCAAAGGAAAUUGUCGGUCGCGUGUCGACCCGUACCAAUCCUCCUUUUCGCCCUCCACUCACGGCCAAUGUGGCAAGAGAAGAUCUUCACCUCUUGAUGAAAAUGUGCUGGAAUGAGAAUCCAGAUGAAAGACCUGAAUUUUGGGAGAUAAGAAAGCUAUUAAAGAAACUCCACGGAAGAAAGAACAACCUCGUCGAUAAGAUAAUUUACAUGCUGGAAGAACAUUCACUCAAUCUGGAAAAACUCGUUGAAAAACGAACUGAACAGUGGAUUGAAGAAAAGAAGAGGACAGAUGAACUGCUUCACAGCAUGCUCCCAAAGAGUGUAGCUGAUCAGUUGAAAAGAGGAAGACCAGUGGAGGCUGAAAGUUUUGACGAAGUAACAUUAUUCUUUAGCGACAUCGUGGGAUUUACUGCUCUGUCCUCAGAGAGUACUCCAUUGCAGGUCCUGUUUGCGCAGGCGUUGUUGGCUUGAAAAUGCCUCGUUAUUGUCUGUUUGGCGAUACAGUAAACACUGCCUCCAGAAUGGAAUCAAGUGGAGAAGCUUUAAAAAUCCACAUCAGCGCAGCCACCAAGGUGUUCUUAGAGACAUGUGGAGGUUAUAACAUGAGAGAACGAGGAUCGAUUGAAGUCAAGGGUAAAGGAAAAUUGGUGACAUAUUGGUUAAACGGAAGAGUCAGUCACGCGCCUUCAUCAGAAGUUGUUUCAAGAUCACGAUCAAGAACUGGUGCAUUCUCUUCUUCUGCAAUAGAAGUGGAGCUGACCGAACACCUGACCCGUGAAAAGUUGGGUCUGAUACGUGAAGGUCUUAAUUAGAAUAUGCAACGCGCUAAUGAAGUUAACUCUGCUUAGCGAUAACUUUAUCAAACAAAGAAAAAAGCUUAAAUGCCUCUCUCUUCAUUUGCAAGUUCCACAAGAUCAAUGCAACUGGAAAAACUUCGAGUGUAAUGCAACAACUAGUUUGGGACACUAUAACAGCCCAUUGCUAUUCCAGGUGCAUGGAAUACUGGGUCACGUAUUUUACUUGUCCUUUUACACAGCCCUCACGAACGACAUCGAGCCGACAAAAAUAGAUUUGCUGCUUUUUUAAAUUACCUAUAUUGCCUCAUCUGCCUUAGCUAAGUUUCCACAAUCUGAAUUUUUUGAUUUACAUAAAAAAAAAACAUCUCAACCUUUCCAGUUGGGAUUUUGAGCUCAUUUUACUCUAAUUAGGUUCCAACAACAGCAAAAACUGAAAUACAUUUUUUUUCGCAAAAUUUUUGAUUUAACCUCAAACUCUCCUAAGUAAGUCACAAGGCCUGUAUAACAUUUAAAAGGAGAAAAAUGCAAUUUAGACUAAUCAGGUCUUAGGACUUUAAAGGCUAACUACGUAUUUACACUUACCAAUUCAAGGCAAAGGGGGGUUUUCAAUUGAGUGUCGAAAAAACCCAAAAAAAAGUUAAUUACAAUUACCAUUCGGAAAAAAAAAGGUUAAUAUCAUCAUUGACCGAUGAGAACUUAAAUUAAAAACUUUGCAGCCUGCUGAAAGUGCGGGAAAACGCGACUGACUAAGUUGGGAUUUGAAUUUUUUGUUUGAAUUUGAUUGGUUGAGAUGGUGGCACGAGUUUUCUUGACCAAUCAUAGAGCGAAGUAAGGCAAAACCGAACGAACCCCGGAUCACUCUCUAUUUAUAUACAGCAAAGCAACUCAUCAAAAAAGUUCAUUUUUCCUCUGUAAGUAUAUUUAUGUUAUGCCUUUGAUACCUAAGAACCCAAAUAUAAGUUGUUACUUAACGCUACCUUUUAAGGUUAAUUAAAAUGUAAUAUAAUGUACCUUACUAUUCAAGUUAUGUUAGCCACUUUUAUGCAUCUGCUUCCAUAUUAGAGUUGUCAUUGGCUUAACGUGAAACUUUUCAAGCAUCAAUUUCCCCAUUUAUUUACCUAAACUUCCAGAAGUUUGAUGUUUUUUAUACAUAUAUAAAUAUAUAUAAAUCGGCUAAUAGACUUUGGUUUUUGACAAAUGCAAUAUAGAGGUCUACCAAACACCGACAUGAACAUAAUAAACAUUGAACCACUAGUUUAGGUCAGUGUGAGUUUUUGUUACCUGUUUUCCUCAAAUGAAAGAUGAUCUAAAGAUCUUUCUGUGCUAUCCUUUCGUUAUUCUUGCUAUUUCCUACAGAAAAAUUUUAAUCCGAAGGACGCAUUGCUCUCCUCUGUUUCGUAAAUUUAUAUACAGAGAUUAAACUGACAUUUCGAAAUUUA